CGCCAGUUGUUUUCACUGUUGGCGCCAGACACAACAGCAGAAUCGCCGCGUCGAGGGCUCAGUGCAUGCCCAGCUGUCGAUUGAGUAAAGUUAGUUAGUAAUUCAACUUUCCAUAACCAUGACGAAGCUUUCAGAGGGCGCAAUAGAGGCUUUAGCCAAUGGAACCGGGGGAAACGAGGCCAUCCUGCAGUUAGUGAACAUUCGAAAGAUCGAUGGAGGAAGUGGACCAUCUCGCUUCCGGGUGAUGAUGAGUGAUGGACGGCACACGUUGUCUUCCUUCAUGCUCUCAACGCAGCUGAACUGCAUGGCAGAGGAAAACAUCCUGGCCCAAAACUGCGUCUGUCUUCUCAAGAGACAUGUGACCAAUGUGCUAAAGGACGGCCGACGUGUUGUGAUCAUUUUGGAAAUUGAAGUCAUCAAGCCUGCUGGAGAAGUUGGUGGUAAAUUGGGAGACCCUGUUCCUUACAAUGAAGCUCAGAAGGGAGUCUCACAACCGGCUCCAGCUCAGGAAAACCGGCUUCCACUGCAGCCUCAAAAUAAAAUAGAAGUCAAAAGUUUCAACAGAGACUUUGGGAAGAAGGCUCCGCUCGCCAUGCCCAGUACUCCAGGAGGAAGCUCCAAAGUGGUUCCCAUCGCCAGCCUCAACCCCUACCAGUCUAAAUGGACCAUCCGCGCACGUGUUACUAACAAGAGUGGCAUUCGUACGUGGAGCAAUUCUCGUGGUGACGGGAAGCUCUUCUCCAUGGAGCUUGUGGAUGAAAGCGGAGAGAUUCGAGUGACUGGAUUUAACCAAGAAGUGGACAAGUUCUUCUCCCUGAUUGAGGUUGGGAAGGUCUACUACAUCUCCAAGGGCUCCUUAAAGAUCGCCAACAAGCAGUACACAUCGGUAAAGAACGACUACGAAAUGACGCUCAACGGAGAGUCCACCAUCCUCCCCUGUGAGGAGAGCGGCGACGUGCCCAUGAUGCAGUGCGACUUUGUUCCCAUCGGGGACUUGGAGAGCAGAGACAAGGAUGCCAUUGUGGAUGUGAUUGGAGUGUGCAAAAGUGUGGACGAGGUGACCCGCCUCACAACCAAGACCAACCGUGAAGUGUCUAAGAGAAGCCUAAGUCUGAUGGACAUGUCUGGGAAGCUGGUGACGGUCACACUGUGGGGAGAGGAAGCUGAGAAGUUCGAUGGUUCUGGACAGCCCAUCGUCGCCAUCAAGGGUGCCAAGCUGUCAGACUUUGGCGGCCGCUCGCUGUCCGCCUCCUUCAGCAGCACCCUGAUGAUCAACCCGGAUAUUCCUGAAGCGUACAAGCUCAGAGGCUGGUACGACAAGGACGGCCACGCCGUGGAGGGCCAGUCUCUAACGGAGCUGAAGGGCGGCAGCGGUGGAGGAAGCACCAACUGGAAGACGCUCUCUGACUUAAAGAACGAGCACCUGGGACAUGGAGAGAAGGCGGACUACUACUCAUGCAUAGCUACUGUCGUGUAUCUACGUAAGGAGAAUUGCCUUUAUCAGGCCUGCCCAAACCAAGACUGCAACAAAAAAGUGAUUGACCAGCACAACGGCAUGUUUCGCUGCGAGAAAUGUGAUAAAGAGUUCCCCAACUUCAAGUACCGCCUCAUCCUCUCUGCCAACAUUGCUGAUUAUGGGGACAACCAGUGGGUGACUUGCUUCCAGGAGAGUGCUGAGGCCAUCUUGGGUCAGAAUGCAGCGUACCUGGGACAGCUCAAGGACUCGAAUGAGUCUGCGUUUGAUGAGGUCUUCCAGCAAGCCAACUUCAAAACUUUUGUCUUCCGCAACCGAGUGAAGCUGGAAACGUAUAAUGAUGAAUCCCGGAUUAAAGCCACUGUGAUGGAUUUGAAGCCCGUCGACCAUAAAGACUACAUCAAGAGUCUGAUCGUGAACAUUAGAAAACUGGCUAUGUAGUAACCAGUGCAGCUUUCACCACGUCUUCAUUUGGGGUCUUUUUCCUUUUCUGUACAGCUCUUAUUAUAUGACGCUCACCGCCAAAUCCUACUUUAGUUCUUUAUCCCGGUGCAUGAGCGCCAACGACUGUUUUCUAUGUAACGCCCCAUUUGCUAGCUUGAGUCUUGUAUACUUGCUAAAUUCUUAUUUUUGUUGUUUAAAGAGGAAAUGUGGGUCAGUAAGUCAUGAAUAAUAAUAAUAAUAAAAAAA